GGGCAAACUCGCCAGUUUAUGGGCGGAGCUACAAUAGUUGCCUUCGCGGCGUUUCAAAUGGCGUGACGAGUCAUCCAUUUUUCUAUCAAUAUCAAGAGUGAAGGUGAAUUCAAGGACUUGUUUCCACUUGAUGUGUUCCGACAGGUGAGCAGACAGCUUCAUCAUGAGACUCUUUGGCGGUCAAGGGCGAUCAUAAAGUAUCGUCUCAGCUGCUGAGACCUUCAACCCGAGACCCGAACGCCUCGGCGCAUCAGAAACCUGCACCUGCCGCCUGAAGAGUUCCAAAUCAGGACCAGGAAGUGUUCUGUCAGAGGCCAUCAUGAACGACCCUUAUCAGAACAACGUGAACCAGCAGGUGAGCGAAGGAGGCGAGUACGCAUACACCCAAGAUGGCGGCGGGAGGGACAGGUACCCCUACCAGACGGACUACCCCCCUCAGGAGGAGGACGCCGCCAGCGACGCCACAGAGGGCGCGGAUGACGACGAGCACAUGUACGAGGGCGAGUACCAGGGCAUCCCGCACCCGGACGAGAUCAAGGAGGCCCGGCGGGCGGCGCGGCUGGAGGCCAAGAGGAAGGCCAAGCAGGCGGCACAACAGGAGGAAGAGGAGGACAACCUGCCCGAGCAGUACGAGUGCAUCAUGGAGGACUGCGGCCACGGACGCUUCCAGUGGAUGCUCUUCUUCGUGCUGGGCCUGGCGCUGAUGGCCGACGGCGUGGACGGUUUCGUGGUGGGCUUCGUCAUGCCCAGCGCCGAGAAGGACAUGUGCAUAUCCAACGCUGACAAGGGCAUGCUGGGCCUGCUGGUGUACGUGGCCAUGAUGGUGGGUGCCCUGGUGUGGGGGGGUCUGUGUGACAAGAUGGGCCGCAGGAAGUGCCUGAUCUACGUCCUGAGCAUCGACCUGGUCUUCUCCUUCCUGUCCUGCUUCGCUCAGAGCUACGGCUUCUUCCUCUUCUUCAGGUUCUGCUCCGGCUUCGGAAUCGGCGGCUCCAUCCCCAUCGUGUACACGUACUUCACGGAGUUCCUGCAGAUGGACAAACGAGGCGAACAUCUGAGCUGGCUCUGCAUGUUCUGGAUGCUGGGAGGCCUGUACGCUUCUUUCACCGCCUGGGGAAUCAUCCCACACUACGGUUGGGGUUUUUCCAUCGGCACCGAGUUCCAGAUGCACAGCUGGAGAAUCUUCAUCCUGGUGUGUCUCUUCCCCGUCAUGGCCGCGCUGGUCGGAGUCAUCUUCAUGCCGGAAAGUCCUCGAUUCCUCCUGGAGAGCGCUCGACAUGACGAGGCGUGGAUGGUCCUGCGCCGAGUCCACGACACCAACUGGAAGGCCAAAGGCGAGCCCGAGAGAGUCUUCACUGUGACCAACAUUAAGACGCCGCAGACGCAGGAGGACGAGUUCAUUGAGAUCCAGAGCGACACGGGCACCGCCUUCCAGCGCUGGACCGUCAGACACCUGACCAUGCUGCAGCAGGUGAUGGCGAACGUGAUGUCGCUGUCGGCGGCUGAACUGCGUCUGCAAGGUCUCUUCCUGCUCAUCGUCUGGUUCUGUCUGGCCUUCAGCUACCACGGCCUGGGGGUUUGGUUCCCCGACAUGAUCAAGUACAUGCAGUACGAAGAGUACGAGUCCAAAGUGCGGGUUUUCCACCGGGAGCGCGUGGAACGCUUCCACUUCAACUUCUCGCUGGUCAACCAGGUGCACCGCGAGGGCGAGUACAUCCACGACAAGUUUGCAAAUAUCGAGAUCAAGUCGGUGAAGUUUGAGGAUUCCUUGUUCGAGAACUGCUACUUUGAAGACAUCAAGUCCACCAACAGCUUCUUCGAGAACUGCACCAUCAAAAACACGGUCUUCUACAACACAGAUUUGUGGCAGGAGAAGUUCAAGAACUGCCGCAUGGAGAACACCACCUUCAUGCACCCCAAGAAAGGUUGCCAUCUCAACUUCCAGGAGGAGAACGACAUCGUCAUCUACUUGGUCAGCUUCCUGGGCAGCUUGGCCGUGUUGCCCGGCAACAUCAUCUCGGCGCUCUUCAUGGACAAGAUCGGAAGAAUCCGAAUAAUAGGUGGUUCCAUGCUGGUAUCGUCUGCAUGUACCUUCCUGCUUCUACUGAGCUUCAGUCAAGGAGCCGUGAUUUGUUGGCAGUGUCUGUUCUACGGCGCCAGCGUGGCGGCCUGGAACGGACUGCAGGUCAUUUCUGUGGAACUCUACCCCUCUGCUAAAAGGGGAACGGCGUUCGGCAUCCUGAACGGCGUCUGCAAGUUGGCGGCCAUCAUCGCCAGCUUCAUCUUCGCCGCCUUCGUGGGCGUCACAAAGAUCAUCCCCAUCUUCUUGGCCUUCUCGGCUCUGGUCUGCGGAGGUCUUCUGGCGCUCAAGCUGCCCGAGACCCGGGAGAAGAUCCUCUCUUGAAAAGCCAAAAAUAAAAAAAGGUCCCUCCGCCCCCGCCGCAAACCGCCGGCGUCGCCAACCAGGCGCGUGUGAGUCAUUUCAGGAAGGGGAACUUUAAGGAGAGAAUGGGGAGGAGGGACGCCGUGAAGAAGGGGUUGGCGUAUUUUACAAGAUGUCCGCUUGCCGACGUGGACCUUCACUUCCUGUUCCUGUUGCCGGGCGGAUCAUACGUGAAUAAUGAAACUAGUCUUUUGUCUUUUUAUGUGUCCUGUUUCCAGUUUACACGCUGUAGUCAUGUGCUUUUUUUUCCCCCGUUACAAUCCUGUCCAAAAACAGCAAUAUUAAAAAAAUAAAUAAAUGACACGUUUCCACCAAGCGGUA